UUUGAAAAAAGCAUGGCGGAUUGUCGUUCCCGUGCUGUGUGUAUUUUUAUUUUGACGUCUCUGUGUGAACUGUCUUUGUUUUAAAUCAGCGAUAUUUAUAGAAAACUGCACAUUUGAACAGUGAGUGUUGAUAAAAACCCACAAUGGGUUUACCAGACACCUGUAUCACUGAGGACAAGCUUCCUAAAUGCUGGUCUGACGAUGUGCGCAUGAACGCACUUUUUGCACCUUUUCGUUUGAAAUCUGCAAACCCUGAGUCUUGGGACAUGAAGAUGAAGUUCUGGUCUGAUCUGCUGAGGCAGUAUUGCCGCUGGAAAAAGGACCCAGUGGUAUCUGCGGCAGAUUUAAAAUGCGCCUUUAUGAGGAGGGGUCGGACGCCUGCUUGCCUUGACAUUGUGGUGGAAGAAAUGUUCCGCAAUGGCGAGCUAGCACCCCUAACAAAGUACCAGCAGAUCCUGCACAACGGGCCUGAAGGUUGGGUGCGGUGGGGCGCUCGCUUGGCGUUCAAGCCGGCUGCACUGGCCCUGACGGCGGUCACCUCUCUUCUACCGGCCCGACAGGCUAUUGACAGUGACGGGCUACCCAAGGCCAGCAUUGAUUCCACACAGAGAUUUGUAUGUGAAAGCGCUGUGAAGGAGCAAGCAACAGAACUUCUAGAGAACUUUCCCAAUGACGCAGAGCGGAUAGGAACCGUAGAUGAGCUGAUGAAGAUCUGCAAGUGGCAGCACGGAAGAGACACCUUCGAGAUGCUGCUUGGUUACCUAGUGUCACAGGGUGCUGCUGUCAAGAAAGAUGAAGUCAUCAAGCUGGCUGAGCCGAACAAGAAAGCGACGCCAGUAACAGAGACGGACGAGGCCCUGGUGCGCUUGGUAGCGGCCGAGGCGCGGCUAGAGGCCGAAGCCAACAAGUUAGCUCGCGAGGCCUCCACCGCUGAGGGCGAGGCCAGGGCAGCUCUGCAGCUGGGCAACAGGCUCGCUGCUAAGAACCACCUCCGUCGUAAGCACAAAAUACAACUAGGCAUCGAGCACACCGACGGGGCGCUGCAAAAUGUAAAGCAACUGUUGCAGCAGAUGCGAGAAGUUGACACCACCACCGCCAUCGUCGACACAUACAAGGUGACAUCGCAGGCACUGAAGCGCGGCAUGAAAGAGGGAGGCCUCGACGAAGACGCCGUGCACGACACUAUGGACGAUCUCAAGGAGGUGAUGGAGCAAUACAACGAAGUGGAGAAGGCUCUAGCUGGCUCUGUAGAAGAUGUGGAUGCUGCAGAACUGGAACAAGAGCUCAAGGAACUCUUGUCCGGCCCUGCGGCGCCCCCUGGCGGCGGCGAAAGGAAAGAAGUGCCCGUCCCGAAAACGCCGCAGUCCAAAAAGAACCCGGAGCCCGAUUUCGUUUUCGAUGGCGAAGAGCGUGUGCUCGCCGAGCUGAAUGAGCUGAGCGUCGAGGAUGCCUCUCCCCGCGCCCCGCGCACCCGGGUCCCGGUCCCGGUCCCGGUCCCGAUCCCGGUGGCCGAGGGCUGGGAACCUGCACCGACGGCGAAACCCGAACGCAAGGCCUCUCCGAAGCCCUCCCAAAGCUGGUACCCGCCCAGCACUGAAUGCCUCCGUCCCGACACCACUUGGAACAACAACCCGGACCGCAGUUACGACGAAUUGCGAUUGGAUGACAGAUUACACCCCGGUCAACCUUUCAACGUGGACUUCACUCUACCAGCAAAGCUAUACAGCUCGGAUUUUCAAGUCCGCGACCACAAGCCUCACUCCGGAGUGUGGUUGUACAACAGUAGAGAUGACAACUGUAAUACUCUUAAUACCUCUUUCAGCCCCAGUACGCAAUAUACCAGCACCGAAAGCCCCGCCGGCUUCCAGAUGGCGCCCGGCGGCGAGCGGCGCCGCUCCCAGCCCGCGCCCCUCGCCACCCCCGCCCCCGCCCCCGCCCCCGGCGCACCCGCCCCCGGCGCCCCCGCCCCCGGGGGCUGGCCCCGGGAGCCCGAGGACGACGUGGCCGACAUAGAGCGCCGCCUGCACAACCUCCGGGGCUUCAACUUAUAAUCCACGGACUAGUGCACGCCUGACAGGUAGGCUGGACACUCACAGUGAAAUAGCUUUAAGUACGGAUACGUGUCGAUGUUUUGCAGUGUACAGUCCCGUCUAAAAAUAUCGAUACGGACAAAGUGCCAAAAAUAUGCUUACACGACCUUAUUGCCCAUGUAUUAAAGUAGUGUAUACAGUCGAAUCCGUUCAUUAUGACUGCUUAUACUGACCAACCGCUUACUAUGACGUAUUACUGUGCGAGGUUUGGUUUUCACAUAAAAUUCUUUGUGACAGUCGGAUAUGAUGACUUCGCUUAUAGUGACAAAUCGCUAUGACCUAUAAAUCCUAAUUUCAUGACAUUAUGUACGGUUAUACUGACACCCGAGGUCUUUUCCCGCGAGAACGUUUGGUGCGCGCGUGGCGUUUAAGUUGUCUUAGUUUUGAUUCUCGGUGAAAAGUUGAUAAUUGGUACAAGGUUAAUAAUACUCAUCUCUCACAAAGGAGUUUGAGAUUAAUUUGGAAAAAAUCACAAAAAUAAGAGUUGAUCAAAUGCUUUAUAUGACAUCCGCUUAGUAUGACGUGUUUGUCACUUCCCUUCGACGUCAUAAGCGGAUUCUACUGUACAUAUUUUUGGCACUUUGUCCGCAUCGAUAUUUUUAGACGAGACUGUCCGGCGUCAAGGCUAAGGCCCGAGUUGGCCGAUUUUUAAUUUGUUGUCGAUUUUUGUACGUCAGAUUUCGAUAAAAUUUGGUGGAGUUCUCUACUCUGUACAAUCGACCAAUUUGAUUCCUUGGCCACUUUAGAACCGUGUCAUAAUACAAAUCAAUUAGUUUUUUUUCUACGACAUUGCUGAUUGAGUGAUGUGUGUCUAGUAGUUAAAGCAACAAGGUUCUAUUGUUGCCUUAGAAUCAAAUUGGUUGAUUAACGUUAACGUAAUAAGCGCAAUUUCAACGUAAGUCCUAACAAGUCUUCCCCUGAGCGCCCAUGCGGAGAUCUUCAUACUUUUUUUUUUACUAGCCUAAUUUAGUGUCCCACUGCUGGGAAAAGGCCUCCCCUCGCUUCCUCCACUCGACCCUGCUGUUUGUACUUAUCAAAUUUUAUCCAAAUUUAACGAAAAAAAAUCUACAAAAAAAUUAAAAUCAGCCCAAGUGUAAAAUCAAUGAUUUUCGCCUGUAAACAUCUAGCUUAAAUAUGUUAAAAAUAGUUGUAAAUUUGUAUAUUCAUAGUGUAGUGACAUGUCCUGGUGACAUUAUAGAAUACUCCAAUUUAACGUAUUGUUUUCUUUGUGUAUUAUUAUAACUGAAAUACAUACACUGUUAUAAUAAUUGACAGAGUAAAAUCGACCUUAUAUCGUGUAAAAUAAGUUUUAAAUUCAUCUUUCGUGACGGUUAGCUAUAAAUAUGCUAUAGGUAAAUAUUAUAGUAGCCGUUUUUCUGUCAAAUUUCGAAUGAAUGUAAUUUUUGGUUAAAUAUUGGGUUAUAAUUUUAUGUGUGUCUGUCAGAUAACCUUUCUAUGCGGCUUUCCUUGGUUGUUAUGUUAUAUUAUAUUACGAUAUCAUCGCCCACACUGUUAAAAACUUACAGUUCGUAAACCUUAAUACAAAAGGCAUAUUGUCCAACGAUGGACAGUUUAAGAGCGUUUCUGUUUGUACUUUAGGUUUUUUUGAUAGUUUUUUAAUGUCGAGCGAUUUAAGAGCCCAUCAACGUGCUACUAGCACCACUGCUAAAUAAUUGUGAUUAUUUGUGACGUUUUCAAGUAAAAUGUACCACAUUGUCGCUUACAUAAGGAAGGAUUUGCUUGUAUCUUCUGCCAGAGCGUCCUUAUGGUAAGCGACAAUGUGGUACCUUUUGCUUGAAAACGACACAUUUAAAUUCAAAGAUAGCUAUUUUAAAAAAGAGGGCCGCUACGUACUGUAUUUCGUAUUAAAGUACCUUUUGAAAACAUUAUAAUAGUUUUUACGUUGCUGUAUUCGUCAAUCUAUGCGUCCAAAGUUAAAACGGCCGUUUUUAUUUUGAGUUUAUAGAUUGACGAAUCCAGCAUCAUAAAAACUAGUUUGAUGUAUUCAAAAUUUACUUAUAUACAAAAUACAGUACGUAGCGGCCCCCUUUUUUAAAUAUCUAUCGUUAAAUUUAAAUAAUCUCAAUUAUUUAGCAGUGGCGCUAGUGAACACGUUGGGGGGCUCUUAAAAUGAGAAAAAGGUCCUAAGAUAGUUGAUAUGCUUAUUUUUAUACUUGUGUUUAACACAUUCACUAACUAAGAGCGUAUUCCCAUCUUAAAGGCCGGGAACGCACUUACAACCCCUCUGGUGUUGCGGGUGUCCAUGGGCGGCGGUAAUCGCUUACCAUCAGGUGAUCCGUCUGCUCGUUUGCCUCCUAUUUCAUAAAAAAAACCCCAACGCAGAUGUGCGUUCACCGUCAUACAAGUUUGUUCCUAGGCCACGCCCCCUGGCAGUGAAUGCGUUAAAGGUCUUUUAACCUGAUAAGGUCCAUAUUUAGUUCAUAUUGAUGUUUCUGUGGUCAAAUAUGAAUUUGUUUGGCAAAAUAUUAGACCAUUUUAGUUAUAAAAUUAUUUCGAUUUGUUAUUAAAUCCGAGGAAAGCCUCCAGGAAAUGUAAAAUAAUAUUUGACUGAUGAAUUAAUAGUUAAGGUUUUAUAAUCAAGAUGUGAUUUAAUUAAGUUAUAUAAAAUAAUAGUGUGAUGUAUAAUUUAAUUUUGGAUUCGUUCUUCCGAAUUGAAGUUAACGUAUUUAGUUUUUCAAUUUAGCCAAAUAACAAGUUAUAUUAAAUAAAUAUUUAAAAAAAAGUCUGAAAAGGAUGUAAUGUUUGUUUACCCCUUUUUCAGCAUACAUUAUUAGGUUUUAAAAUUGGUUAUGGUCUUCAGCUGACAUAAUAGGGAUGUUGUCUGUAUUUUUUUUAUAUUUUUUUUAAAUGUAUUUCUUUAAAUAACUCAUUUGUUUAAUAACCCAAUAUUCCCAUAUAAAUGUUGUCGGUUGUUAUAAAUUGAUAUUUAAUUUAGAAGUUUCAAUGUGAAGUAUAUAUAGUAAUAGUAAUACACCUAUCGCUAGUUGUGCUUGUGCCUAUAUUAGCUUAGUAGUAGACAUCCAGGUUCACAUUGUAUAUCAACAACUGUGUCGUUUUCAAGUAGAAGGUACCACAUUGUCGCCUGCCAUAAGGACACUGACAGGUUAUUUGUAUAAAGAUAUAAGCAUAUGUUAAUUGUGAAUAAACUAUUUCAUUCAUUCAUUCAUUCAAAUUUCGUCCUUAUGGUAUGCGACAAUGUGGUACCUUUUGCUUGAGAAUGAUACAACUAUGUGGGCCAUUUUAUUUAGUUAUUUUUUUUAAAAUAGGGAUUAUUACUGCAAUGUACUGCCGCCAGAGUGCAGCACUAGCAACUAUCGUAAACCAUAGAGUAACAUACAUACAGUGCCUUAAAACUGUUUGUUGACAAGUUUUCACAGAUAAAAUAUGACAUUGAUGCAUCAAGGCGGUUUGUUUAUAAAGGGCCUACCGGGAAACGCAAGAAUCGAAAUUUAGUUAUCUACCUAUUUAUCGCUUGAAUAUGCAAGUGAUAGAGAGGUUAGAUAACGAAAUUUCGAUUUUCUUGUUUCGCGGUAGACCCUCAGAUUCUGAUGAUUUGUGGUAGUGGCGCCCCCUACGCAGUGUUUCGCGUAAUAUUCCCUAUUUGCACAAUUUUAUGUUUUCUUCUCAGAAUCAUGCGCUUUUUCUAUCCUAAUAGGAGGGAAAAAAAAGUAUCCCUAGAUUUUUUUAUCCGUACCGUUACCAUUUUUCAUAGACUUUAACGGUAACAGAAUGGAUUUCAUUAUAUUAUUUUUAAUUAACGAUGUAAUUAAAUACUGUAUGUUCGUAUGUGAUAUUAACACUGCCUGUUUCAUGGGUAUCGUUUUGUUGUAUUUUUCUAGUUAUGCCAAUGUAAUGUAAUGUAGGUCACGAAUUCUCGUUGUAGAUGCACUAGGCUUCCUAAUGUCGUGUUAUAAAGGGAUCUUACAUACGACUUAGCCGCCGCCAUACAAUCGAUCGCCAUACUCUUAAUGUGUGAAGUUAUCGAUGUUAUAUAAAUAAACAUGUUUCAAUAUAAAUGCUGUAAAAAGGUACCUUUGUCCUUAAACUAUACUUAUGCAAUUAUAAAGUGUAAUAAAUGUGAUAUAUUAAAGAAAAAGUGACGAAGCCCUCCAGUGGUGAAGGCCGGAUUCGAACCGGCGUCUUUAGCUAUCGCGGCUAACGCCAUGAACCCCUAGGCCACUUCGAAAACAAAUCAAAAUAUUUAAUAAAAUAAUUUGAUUUGUUCCCAAAGUUGUUUAUCUAUACUUAUGAAAUCCUAAAGUAGCAAGCGCUUAUGCGCUACGGUGAGCGCUUAAGAUUAUUUAAAAAAAAUAACGCUAGGUCUUAGACAUAGUAUAUACAAGUAGUUAUAGACGCGCCACCGAGCGACCGGGGGUAAGAGAAAGAAUAUUCAUAUAAAAUUUGGGCAGCAUAGGAUUUUUUCUCUUUCACUCUUAUAAAUUUCGGUAUUUCGCCAUCGCCUCCUACCUAUGAUGCUACCCGGUCGGUGAUAAGGACAAAGCAUGGCACUAUUUUCUCUUUCCUCUUAUAGGAAUCCCAAUAAGACUAUCUUUCUCUAUUAAAGUGUCAGGCCCUUGCUUACGGUACUAAGAUCCCUUUAUCCCGAUUACUACACUUAAGUAUAUUCGCUCGUAACACUCAAAAAUUAUCACAACGGUAAGGUGUAUUCGGGUGAUUUCGAAAAAUGAACUCUAAUAAUCAUAGUUAUGGGUGAUUUUCGGAAUAACCCGAAUACAGCUUACACAUAGAAUUUGUAUAAAUGACCUAUCAAUAUUAUGUAAAAAGAUGUAAAUAAAAUGCCGCGGCUGGUCCGUGCUUUUGUAAUCAACAAUAAGCAAAAAAUGAGAAAAAAAAAUCAUUUAAAUAUUGUAAAGUACUUUAAGUAGGUUAUCAAAUUCAAAUUAUCGUUAGAUAGGGGAAAAAAAAAGAAAAUGUGAAAAAAAAACUUUUGUACCUCGUCGGUGUAUGGAAAUUUUUGAGUUAUUUUUUAUUGUGACCUAACAUUAUGGGAUUAACAUGUGUUUGUAAUAUUGUUCUUUUGUGAACGAUGAUUUUUCUACCAUUUGUACAUAAUGACUUCAAAAGUUACCAGUUAGUUGGUCUAUGACGUACAGAUGUAGUGCAUAAUUGUUUUCCAUCGUAUUUUCUCGGAAACGUUCGUAUUUGUCUAUUUCAGUCAAACUCAGUACUUUUUGUACCGAGACUGUCCGUAAGCACUUAAGCAGUCAAAUUUAGAUUGAUACAGUAUUGCUUUUGUUCUAAUCAAAGAGAAGUUCUGAUAAAAUCGACCUGUCUUAGCUGUCAUUUUAGUUUAGUUUGCGUAUCUGCCGCAUGGCGCUAGUUAUAAUCUUAGGCAUAAUGUACGGCCAAGCUGAGUUCGGCCGGAUAUAACAGCUGUACGUAAUAAUAGUGUCUAUUGUAAUAAGUAUUUUUAACUUGUCUCUGUCUUUUGUAUGUUAUAUUAUAUAUUAAUUUUGUUGUUUUUCUUGUUACCUGUCGUGAUUGUUUCACCGGAUGGUCUCACCGGAAGAUCAGCGCUGGAAGUCGCCAGCAACAUGCUGAGGUGAGACCAUUUCGUGGCACUUUUUCUUUUAUUUAUGUUCCUCUGUUCUGUAUAACUUUCUAUUUGUGUGUGCUAACGAAUAAAUUAUUUCUAUUCUAUUCUAUUCUAAAUAGCAAGAUACGUUCGUACGUUUCCGUGAAAAUACGAUGGUAAAUAAUUAUGCACUAUAUCUGUAAUUUGGCGUCUAAAACGGGUCUAAAGCGGCUUUUAGACAUGGCUAAAUGAAGCUAGCUGCAUGAAAAUUACUGUAAUUAAAAUUAAAAAUGUUUGUAAAUGCACACUUGCUUGUCUAUAGGCCGCUAAGGUUUUUUCUCGAAAUCAAAUACUUUUUGUUUAAAUUACAUGAGAAAUGUUAGGAAUGUUGGGCGUCAUGACCGAAUGGUGUCAUUUUGUACGUACGGGUGCGGCGCACAGCCCCCCACUUCCUCGAUCUCCGAAUGCACGGAAUUGGCGCGCGGACAGUAGACUUAUAUUGACCGGGAUA